AACGGAGAUUUUUAAACGCAUCAACGAAAGCGCGGGGCGGGAAAAGAGGAAUCGCGCGCGAGACGUCCAUGGCGGUGCGAGAAGAUGACGAUGGCCAAUCUCCGGCCCAUUCCGACGGCAGCGGCUGCUUCUACGACGACGAUGAUGAGGAAGAGUUCCGGCAAAGUGGAAGCGAGGAAGAGGAAGACGAAGGUGAUGGCCGAGACGAAGAAUUCCGGCCGGACGACGACGACGACAACGAGGAUGGCGGUCGAGCAGCGUCUGGUGCCUUUUCGUCGUCAUCUGAUGCCGACCGGAAGAAGCAAAAUGUCGACGCUCUCUUAAGAGGUAACCUGGUUGUGAGAAGGCAAGCUUUGCUGCCUAGGGUUUUAUCAGUAGCCGAAGGGGCUGCAGUAGCAAGAAGACCGUUCAAGCCUCCUUGCAGAAAUGGGUAUAGUGAUCAGAAUGGGGAGCUUGGUCGCAGGCUAUGUAUUCGGAAGAGGUUCGUGCCAUGGGGCUCUCCAAGGCCAGCUCUACUUGCAAUAACCAACUGCUUGAACGUUCCGAUUUUCCCAAAGAAGGAGGUUGUGGAGGAAACUCCGCCUCUGCCACCUGGCGUCGAGCCUUUGGUGCUUUGGCAGCCAGAUGAUUUGGACGUGCAUGGGGAGAAUUCCCCAUCGAUUGUGGUUGAUCCACUACUUGUUCAUUUUUUAAGGCCUCAUCAAAGAGAAGGUGUUCAGUUUAUGUUUGAGUGUGUUGCUGGCUUGUCAAAAGAACCUGAUAUCAAUGGCUGCAUUUUAGCAGAUGAUAUGGGAUUAGGGAAGACAUUGCAGUCAAUCACGUUGCUGUAUACCCUUCUUCGCCAGGGGUUUGAUGGGAAGCCAUUGGCGAAGAGGGUAAUGAUUAUCACUCCGACAAGCCUUGUCAGUAACUGGGAAUCUGAAAUAAAGAAGUGGCUCGACAAAAGAGUCCAAGUCAUUGCUUUGUGUGAAGCCACGAGGGCAGAUGUUGUUGUAGGCAUUGACAAUUAUUUGGCACCUUGUAGCCAUUAUGAGAUAUUGAUAGUCUCAUAUGAGACAUUUCGAAUGCACUCAUCAAGAUUUGAGAAACCUGGAUCUUGUGACCUUUUAAUCUGUGAUGAGGCUCAUAGGUUGAAAAAUGAUCAAACUUUGACAAACAAGGCAUUAGCUUCCCUUUCAUGCACAAGGCGUGUCCUUUUAUCAGGGACACCAAUGCAGAAUGACCUUGAAGAAUUCUUUGCAAUGGUUAACUUCACUAAUCCUGGGAUCUUGGGAGAUGCAUCAUAUUUUCGUCGAUAUUAUGAGGCACCAAUUGUUGCUGGAAGGGAGCCUGGUGCAACAGCAGAAGAGAGACAAUUGGGGCUAGAGAGAUCUGCUGAACUUAGUAUGAAAGUAAACCAAUUUAUACUCAGAAGAACAAAUGCCUUGUUAUCAGAGCACCUACCACCAAAGAUAGUAGAGGUGGUUUGUUGCAAACUGACUCCUCUUCAAGUUGCUCUCUACAACCAUUUUAUACAGUCAAAAAAUGUUAAAAGAGCCAUUGUUGAAGAUGUGAAACAAUCCAAAAUCUUGGCAUACAUUACAGCUCUUAAAAAGCUGUGCAAUCAUCCGAAGCUCAUUUUUGAUGCUAUUCGGAGUGGGGGUUCAGGUUCUGGGUUUGAGGACUGUUUGCAUCUUUUCCCACCUGAGUUAUUCUCUGGGAGAUCUGGAUCAUGGACUGGUGGAGGUGGUAUCUGGGUAGAAUUGUCUGGAAAAAUGCAUGUCUUGGCAAGGUUGCUGGCACAUCUUCGACAGAGAACAGAUGACCGAGUUGUUCUUGUUUCAAACUACACCCAAACGUUGGAUCUUUUCGCUCAGUUGUGUCGUGAAAGAAGAUAUCCUUUCCUAAGGCUUGAUGGGUCCACUUCAAUAAGCAAAAGGCAAAAGCUCGUCAACCGAUUUAAUGACAUAUCAAAGGAUGAGUUUGUGUUUCUCUUAAGCAGCAAGGCUGGUGGAUGUGGACUUAAUUUGAUAGGUGGAAAUCGUUUGGUUCUUUUUGAUCCAGAUUGGAAUCCUGCCAAUGACAAACAGGCAGCUGCAAGGGUUUGGAGAGAUGGACAGAAGAAGCGAGUGUACAUAUACAGGUUCCUAACAGCAGGAACUAUUGAGGAAAAGGUCUAUCAACGUCAAAUGUCGAAAGAAGGCCUUCAGAAAGUAAUUCAACAAGAGCAAUUGGAAAACCUUGGACUGCAGGCAAAUCUUAUUUCUACAGAAGACUUGAGGGAUCUUUUCACCUUGCAUGCUAACAUAAGGUCGGAAAUUCAUGAAAAUAUGAACUGCGCACGCUGCAAUACCAACAAUAUGCAAGUCGAAGAUGGCAUAAAAAGUCUGACACAGUAUGUAUUUGAAAGAAGGGUGGCAGAAGAUGUAUGUCACACUGAUCAGCCGGAUGCUGAUAUUGGUGGAUUUGCAAAGAUUGCUGGAUGCCUUGAAGAGUUGAAAAAUUCAGAGAAGCAACUGGGAAGACCACUUGAGGAGGACUUAGCAAGCUGGGGGCAUCAUUCCUCUUCAACUACUGUUCCUGACGUGAUUCUUCAAGCUUCAGCUGGUGAAGAGGUCACAUUUGUCUUUACCAAUCAAGUUGAUGGAAAGCUGGUUCCAGUUGAGCCAAUGGAAAGAAAGUCACCCGUUUCAGAUACCAUCCUGAUGAAACCCCUUAACCCUAGUUCUGCACUUUCAUCACAUAAAGUUAGUGCCUCAUCCCAUUUGAUUGAAGAUUCGACCAUCUGGAGAACAAGCGGUGCCUUUCCUCCUUUGCAGAAGCUGCCAAAAUUUCCUAUGACAGCAAAGCACACUAAUACUAGUGUAAAUUCUGUAAGCAAAGAAAGCAUCUCGCAUAAAAUCCAGCUACCUGUCAAAAGGAUAUCUGCUGAAAUUGAUGAUGACGAUGAUGAUUUUGUUUAGACCUCGUGCAUUUCCUUUUUGUACAGAUAGGCAAUUCCACCAAGCGAGAUAUGGCCUUCAAAUCUCGUUGUUUAUUCUUUGAGUCAGGGCCGAGUUGCUAAAUGAUGAUGAUGUGACCUACGCUGACCAUUUUAGCAGUGUUGUCUGUAUUGUUAUCAGCACUGUAUUGGUCCACAUGGAUCGUCUUGUAUCGGCCUAUUUUAUUAUUUAAUUUAAAAAAUAACUU